AUGCACGCGAACGCAGUACGUGAAUCAGCUCGUCUUAUCCUAGAUGCUCCAGCACCAGAAUCUGAAGAUGCCUUGACCUUGGCAAAAGCCCUUCGCACUAGACCUCCAGUCAAUAUGCUACCUGCAGCCAAAGCUGGCACUUUCUUUGCAAGAGACAAUCUAUCCAACUUCAUUGAGUGGUGCCGCAGGGCUCUCGGUAUCCUUGAAUGUCUUCUAUUCGAAACUGAUGAUUUAUGUCUAAGAAAAAACGAAAAACAUGUAGUUCUAUGUCUUCUAGAAGUUGCUAGAAAAGGUGCAGUUUUGGGUAUGCCAGCUCCACUGCUGGUUCAAAUGGAGAAGCAAAUUGAGAGAGAAUUAGCCGGAGAAGAAUUGCGGCCUGAUGAUUCUGCUUUAGGCUUGGUUCCUUCUGGACCGCAGCCACAGCUGGUGACAAAUGAUUUGAGAAGUUUAGAUGAAAGAGUCAGAGACCUGGUUGAGAGAUGCUCCUGCCCCACACAGUUCCCUAUGGUGCGGGUGUCUGAAGGAAAAUACAGGAUUGGUGACACAAGGAUGCUGAUUUUCGUCAGAAUUCUGCGUUCCCACGUCAUGGUACGUGUUGGUGGAGGGUGGGACACUCUCGCCCAUUAUCUGGACAAACACGACCCUUGCCGUUGUAAAGCCCAACAUCGAACUUCGCUCUCAGCUCGCCUGGCUCGACCGAAACACGACCUCGCUGGCGCCACAGUCACAUAUGAACGACCUGACCCUGGACCAACUUCCCUUCCAUACAAAGAUUACAAAGAACCCAAAACUUACGAGCCAAUGUCAUUACAAUACAAUUCAAAGCUUUAUGCCGACGAUCCAAAAUCCGGACACUAUCAAUCGAAUAACAAAUUGGACGGCAAUAGCUUACCAUAUUUGGGUGAUGUUGACAGAGCUGCAUCUCCUAAUAGGAAAUACCUUGCUCCAAGGAACAACAGUCCAGGAAGACAUUCUUCUUCCCCAGAUCGUAGAACCAAGAUCGUAUCUUCGAACCAUUUAGUCCCAUCACCUCAUGCUGUGAGGAAUAAGAGCCCAAGGCCAGUGUCUCCAGCACCAGCUACUGAGAGUGCCUCAGAUAAUGGAUCUGAAGUGUCAGAUGAGGGAUACAGAAGUCUGGGAGUUGUAGUCGGAUCGACUCAAGGAUCCCCAUCAACGAAAACUACGAACAGAUAUUCGAUGCAUAGUCAAAAUUCUAUGGACGACGCUGAUUUUAGUGAGCGUCUCGACCAUGACGACAGCUGUCACCUAGAUAAAAGUGACCGCGUUGAUGACUAUGUCAGCUUAAAUACUGGAUUACGCAAAACUGACUUCUCUGACACAUUCUACGGCGGCAGAAAGAACAGCGCAGAGGACAAGUCAAAUCGAGCGAGCCCAGAAUGCAUAAUUAGCCACGAAAGCAACAAUUCACCUAGCAAAAGUCUUAGGCCCAACCGUGAAGCAUCGCAAUCUCCUGUUAAAACAAUUAGAAGUAGACAAGCUAGUAGAAUCCCACAUUCUCCUGUGCGAAAUCGAACUCCAAGCCGUGGGAACACCCCAAGUCCCAAGCACACUGCCAAUCCACAAUCGUCACCUAAAUUGGCACCUAAGCUGCCGCCAACAGCUCGAAAUACUUGGAGUGGCAGGACUGCUCCCACUCAGGCAAAGACCAAGUCUCGUCCAACUAUUGGAGCAGAUACUUUUGAUAAUCCAAACAAGUCGCCUAAGGGAAAACCAAAAGUCCAAAAUGAUUCUUUUAAGCGUAAUUCACCUCUUAGAGCCAGCAGCGCCACUUUGAGGUCUCCAACCCACCAGAAAGCUUUAAGUCCUCUAUUAGAACAAAUUUUAAGAUCUGCAGAAACCGCAAAAGAUGAUUCAGCAGUUUUGGAGAAAAUGAAAGAAAUAAUUAGAACCUAUUCGAAAGGAGAAGACUCUUUUUCACGAACUAGUUCGAAAGAUUCAGAUUAUGCUGAUUUUACAUCGGCUUGGGUGAUGUCUGAUGGAAAACUAGAGAGAUCUACCAGUACUAGACAAUUGGCGGCUCCCAGAAAAGAUCCCAGGACUGGAAUGUCGAGGAUACCAGCACCCGUCGCGAUUGGAUGCCGACGGUCCACUUCAACCUCCCAAUUUCAA